GCUCCAGAACUGUUGUAAACAUGCUUUGCAGACACUGUGACUACAUAACAGAACUACAGGGUCUCUAAAUAUGUCGUAGCACAUGACACAGCAGGUCCUCCUCUGAUAUUGGAUUGCGAGAAGCCAUUUUUAAGCUUGAACGCCAGUUAAUCUUAUCUGCUUUGGAUAACAUCAUUUUAUGGAUAGCUGUGUAAGAUGACAGCACCACACUUAUACCAUACUUCCUAGAUAUCUCAUACGCAUUUUGGGGAAUUUCAUAAUGGCUUGUGUAUGGAAAAUAUUUCUCCUAAACAUUUUCAUUGUCUAUGGUAGAAGCAAGGUUUUAACAGGUAAUUUUUGGCACAUCACAGAUCUCCAUUGGGAUCCUUCUUAUGGGGUAGGGAAUGAGAACUCUGCAUCAAUUUGUGACUCUAGUGGAGAUCGUCCAACACCAAAUGCAGGCAAAGUUGGAGAUUAUCUUUGUGAUUCAUCGUGGACUCUGAUAAACUCAUCAAUGCAUGCCAUGAGAGACAUUCUGCCUGACCCUGACUUUAUUGUGUGGACUGGAGACGAUACACCUCAUGUGCCAGAUGAACAUCUGGGUGAAGAAUCUGUCCUGAGAAUUAUCGGCAAUCUCACACACGUCAUAAAAUCUCUGUUUCCACACACCAAGGUUUAUUCUGCGCUGGGAAAUCAUGACUACCAUCCAAAGAGUCAAAUGCCCCCUGAACAAAACAACAUUUAUGAGCAAACCGCAAACCUGUGGCAAGACUGGCUCGAUCCUGCUUCUAAAGAAACUUUUAAAAAGGGUGGUUAUUACACAGAACAGCUGAUGAAUCAAACUGGUUUGAGAGUUGUGGUCCUCAACACCAACCUUUAUUACGAUCAGAACAAACUCACAGAAAACAUCAAAGACCCUGCAGACCAGUUUGGCUGGGCUGACAAAAUCCUUCGUGAUGCAGCCAAAAACAAUGAAAAGGUUUAUCUUAUUGGUCACAUCCCUCCUGGUUUUUUUGAAAAAAAGCGAAGUAAGCCCUGGUUUAGGGAAAAGUUUAAUAAGCGCUAUGUAGAUCUUAUACAGAGGCACCAUGCUGUUAUACUGGGCCAGUUCUUCGGUCACCACCACACAGAUAGCUUCCGUAUGUUCUACAGUUCAAAUGGAUCUCCAAUAAGUGCAAUGUUCCUGACGCCAGGAGUGACACCCUGGAAAACAACUCUGCCUGGCGUCCUGGAUGGUGCAAAUAAUCCUGGCAUUCGGGUGUUUGAGUACGACACCAAAACACUUUUGGUAAAGGACAUGGUAACCUAUUACCUGAAUCUGACCUACGCAAAUAUUGCACGUUCACGUUGGGAGAAGGAGUACCGCCUAACAGAAGCGUUUCACGUGCCCGAUGCCUCCCCUGCCUCGAUGCACCAGGUGAUAGAGCGGAUAUCCAGCGAUAAGUGUUAUCUGCAGAAGUACUAUGAGUUUAAUUCUGUCAGUUACGACCUCACAUUAUGCGACAAUGACUGCCGCGUCGAUCAUGUGUGUUCAGUACGGGAAGUUGAUUUUAAGGGCUAUGAGCACUGUGUUUUGAAAGAGGGCGUAAGUGCAACUGGUCCCAUACUGUUUACUUUGCUUUUAUCAUUGGUGCCGAGUCUGCUGUACAUUGCAUGAUCACAGCUAAUUUCUUGAGUAACAAAUAUUGGUCCAGUUUCACAGACAAGGCUUAGAUUAAGCCAGAGUUAGGCCUUAAAUAAAUUAAGUAGCUCUUGUAAGUCUGACUUAGAAAAAACACUUUGAGGCAAAACAAUGGCACUGAAAUAUUUUAAGAUAUGCAAGUUGUUUUCAGUUAAGGCAACUCAAGAAUGCUUUUUAGUCUGGGCCGAAGCCUAGCCUUGACUGUGAAACUGGGCCGUAAAGUAUCUAAGUUGAGUAAAAAGUUGAUUUAAUGACUAUCUGCACUUGAGAUGGCAUCACAGACAGCAAUAGACUCCAGAGAAUGAUGUCGAAAACAGUAAAUAACAUAAACAUGACAACUGAGGUUUUUCACAGAAAGUCAGAAACCUAAAACUGUACUCAAGCAACAUUAGUCAAGUACAAUUUCAAUAAAAAGUUAGUCAGCAAGUGCAAUAAAAUGGGUUUAUCUUACACCGACUGACAACGAUAAGCUUAUGGUAAUGAUUUAUGAGCUAUCAUUUAUGAUUUUGAUGUCAUUUCAAUACAUGUAAAGAUAAAUGCAUAAAGUAACCUGCAUUUUAUGUUUUAAGUAGAGAUAGUGGGAGGCAACCGUUAUUAAAGGAUUGCAGCUUUGAUGUUACUGUGUGAUUUGCAGGCAUAAACGAUAUGUCAUAAUCAUCAGUUAUUGUAUUAUGAAUUAUGCAUUAAUGAUUUCUUGCAACAUUUGUAAAACAUUCCCCAGAACAAAUCGAUUUGACAUUUUUGUCGUUCACA